AUGGCAGAACCAAACGAGGUAAAUACCGCGAGAAGUUUCACAACAUAUCAAGUGACACCUCCGUCGAAAUUUAGCUUUAAAUCCUCGGAGUGGACCCGAUGGAUUCGUCGCUUUGAGCGAUUCAGAAUUGCGACAGAACUCGACAAGAAAGAGGAAGCCAAACAAGUCAACGCGCUGAUAUAUACUAUGGGCGACGAGGCAGAUGACAUAAUAACAUCGUUUGGUCUCAGCGAACAAGAAAUGAAAAGCUACGAAACAGUUCGAGACAAGUUUGAAAAUCACUUCAUCGCCAAACGAAACGUUAUUUUCGAAAGAGCAAAGUUCAACGUUCGAAUUCAAGACGAAAACGAACCUGUCGAAAGUUUUAUUACCGACCUGCAUUGUCUUGCAAAGUAUUGCGAAUUUGGCGUAUUAAAGGAUCAGCUAAUAAGAGAUCGCAUCGUCGUCGGACUGAGAAAUAAAAAGUUGUCUGAGAAAUUACAAUUAGAUCCAGAGCUUACUUUAGCAAAAGCCAUGGCUCAAGCCAGACAAAGCGAGGAAAUCAAGAAACAACAAAACAUUAUUCAUGGACAAAAAUCGACCGGAAGUAGCGAGCAUAAUAUUGACAACAUUUCUAAGAAUAGAAAACAACCCUCGCGGGAUUCGGGCGAAAAAAAAUUUUAA